UAGAACAGCACCGUGUGAGCCAUCCAUUCAUUUCCUCCUGAGAAACACACGGCGGCGGAGGAGGGAAGAGAGAGAGAGAGAGAGAGAGAGAGAAGGGGGUCACAUCAGAAAGUGCGACAGAGGAAAACAAGACAGAAAAGAGGGAGACAGAGAGACGCUGUAAGGAUAGUGGUUCUCGCUGUCAAAUACUGAGGUUAAUAAUCAAGGAACAGUGCUAUCAGGAUGUUGAUGCUGGAUGGGAUGCCAGCCCUGCCAGUCAAAAUCGAUCCUGCAGAGUCACAGAGACGGUCUCCUGUCAUCCAUGACUACACAGAGAUGGGCGUUCUGGUAUUUAACCGCAGAUUUCGGACACCAUCAGAUGAUAGACGAUUCUUGUCUGACCCCUUCCAGACGCAAACAGAGCCCGUGGACCUCUCCACCAACAAAGCCAGAACCUCCCCGUCACGUUCAGCAUCCUCAUCUUUAUCCUCGUCUCCCUCAUCAUCCUCAUCAUCAAUACGAUUUUGUCCACGCUCCCCUCCUUCCAGCAAGUCUGUGUCAUCUUCAUCACCGUCAUCAUUCUCUAUGCCUUCGUCCUCCUCCACUUCAGUCAUAACCCCCGUUCCUCGUUUGAAGAUGUCUCCAGUGGUGGCCUCUCCCCCAUCCAGGAGUCUCAAGGGGCAGUCGUUUUUGCACUUACCCCAGCUGAUGCCUCCUUGCUCCAGCCCGGUCCACCUCCACCCACGCCGGGUGCCGGUGGUGGUGCAGCCCAUGCCGCUGGUCUACCCUGGAGUGGGAUCACUGGGAAACAGCAGGCUCAUGAUGCCGCUACUGGAGGAAAACAGGAUGCACAGGAAAGUCACACACCGAAUUGUUGAUGGACUGUCGCCUCGGCAAUCUUUGAGUGACAGCGAGGAUGAUGACCUGCCCAGCGUGACCUUGGAGAGUGUGAAUGAAACAGGAUCCACUGCCCUGACUAUCGCCCGCGCCGUGCAAGAUUCCCUGUUGCCGUUCAGCAUUGAGAGCCUGCGGAGGCCCAGGCCUUCAGAGUCACCUGACUCAAAGAGGAGACGCAUUCACAGGUGUGAGUUUGAGGGCUGCAAUAAGGUUUACACCAAGAGCUCACAUCUUAAAGCCCACAGACGCACACACACAGGUGAGAAGCCAUACAAGUGUACGUGGGAUAACUGCACAUGGAAGUUCGCUCGCUCUGACGAGCUGACACGACAUUACCGCAAACACACCGGCGUCAAACCGUUCAAAUGCAGCGACUGUGACCGCAGCUUCUCCCGCUCGGACCACCUCGCCCUCCACCGUCGCAGACACGCCCCACAAACAUGCAUAGUGUGAAAAUGACAUUUGAUGGACAUUAUAAGCAGACAGAGCAGGACUCUAUCUGCCAGUGUUGCAUGCAGAAGGUCUGGAAUUACUCCACGCAGAACAAAGAGGUGAAAGACAUGGGAAUUUGACAGGAAUGAGAGACCAUGUUGGAGAUGAGGUCCAUGUAUUAUGAGAUUCAUCUACAUUUAUCUACAUUUCCCUCAUAUGGUUUAUCUUCUGCACUUUUAUGUGAGGUUUAUUCAUAAAGGUGGGAGCCACGGAGUCUUGUAAUAACUAUUAAAAGCCAUGAGCAGUUAAAGGUGCUGGAUACGAUUUUUACACAUAAAUACUAUGGAACCAGCAAGCAAAUAUUUGCUAUGUAAAGAUACAGUCUAGUAACUACAUACUUAGCAGAGAGUUAAGUCAGAACCCCCCUAUGUAAUUCAGACUUUUCUGUUCGUUUUUCUGGGGCGUGAUUUUUAUUGUAUGUGAGCCCUUCCUUUGAAACUGUUGGCCCUCAUUGCAUUUAUAAUGACAUAGUACGGGGCUUUCCCACAUGCAGUGUUUCUAUAUUAGCAUAAAAGCCUACUUACCUCUUUACUUGACAUUAUUAGUUUACAAAAGCCAAAGGUAUCUCAGUUAUCUCUCAUUAUAUAUGAAGUGUUCAGAUGCAAAAACCAUGAGCAUUUUUCUCAGGCUCCUAUAUUUAUGUUCAGUUAUUUCACUUUAAUUUCAAUGAAAAGAACCUAUUCAUUGCCAUUAAAGUGACAUUACUAAACUACACACGAGAGCCCGAGAAAAAUGCUCAUUUUAGAAGAAAAUUUCAGAUGGAACUUACAGGCUUUUGCAACUGAACUCUUCAUAUCCCGUUUUCUUGAUGUUUUGCCUGUGGGCGUGGCCGAACUGAGGGGGUGUGGCCAAAGUUUGUUUUGUUCUGAUAUGCGAUUGUUCUUGCGGUUGAAAAUCGUAUAUAGCACCUUUAAAUGUAUUUGAUUCUCCAAACCUUCAGGUUUCCUUCAGGUUUACUCAUGGAAGUCUUAUGGAAUUGCAUAUCACAACAGUUUCAAAAUAUUUACAAUUCAUUUUGCAAUAGGCUACAUAUUUUUGUCUAAAAAGCAUUGCAGAGGAGCCUAAAUCUGUUCAGUGCGUGCUUUGGUUAUGCAUUUAGCAAAUAAAAGUCCGUUUGGAAAAAUAAACGUAAGCCUAAUUUACAAUUUGCAAGGUAAUAAUGGCAUGGCUGUCAUUGUGUAGAACUAAGUACAAACACACACACACACACACACACACACAAAACUAAAAAAAAUAAAAAUAACAAUGAAUAAUAACAUUAUCACAAUUAAUUUACUGAAAGUUCACAUUCUAGCUUCAAAUUCUGCAUGGGCUCCAGUUAUCACUUUAUUAUGGAAUCUGAAAUUGUUGUUUUUUUAUAUAACUGAAUGUGAGGAGACGGCUGUACCAUUGAUGUGUUCUGUCCUCUCAGGACUCAGUUGUAUGAGAGAAACAUUCUCUCACACCGUUUAAAAUUUUCCUUGCAUCAUUUGUGCACAAAACUAGUGUAGCAGAUGUCUGUAUAUUUUAUAGUCUUUACCAAGUGGUAUAUAAUUUGUGUUUGUUUGUAUUGUAUGUCAUAUAUUUGUUCUGUAUUCUGAGAUUUGCACCCUUCUGUCCAUAAAUAUGUGAUGCCAAAAUUAAUAGUAUUUUACAGGGACCCCAGUGACUAAAAAUCAUGAGUGUAAAUGAUCGUCAAAUGGGCAUUCCUUUUUAUUUUUUUUCUCUUCUACAAUGAUGUAUCUGUAAAUGAUGUUAUGGUAAACAUUUCAGUUUUAUAUGGAUUUAACUGUGAAUUUAUACAUAAAUACAGUAUAUAUGUUAGAAAAAAAGGCAUGAAUAAAAGCACAGAUUUGUAUGUAC